AUAACCUUUCCUCAUACUCUCCUCUGGCGGCAACAUAAUAGUCGCGUCGGGACUCUCCAGCAAAUUCGGUGGCGCUCCUGGCGGUCUCUCUUCGUCUCGCGUCGCGCUCUAUGCUCUAGGCCAACUCUAUGCAACAAGAAACAAAUCCCACUUUCCUGCCUGCUCUGUCCCAGCGAUUCAUCAGUCUCGUAUGGUCGUGUUUGGACGCAGACCUCUACAAAUCCGCCCUAUUUUAUGCCGAACGUUAUUUUUCUUUGGAUCCGAGCAGUCAUGAUGCUCGCCAUCUGUAUGCCACCGCCAUGCUUCGCUCUGGCCAACCACAUGCGGCCUUACACAUUGUCUAUGCCACCAAGGAUUCCAUACCGUGCAGCGGCUGCCUCGAAAUUGGGUCAAAGGCUAGUAGUUCUCUGGGAAGACAUAGACAGGCGCGAGAAACAUUGGAGGAGAGCCUGAAGCAACCAUAUACGCCGACACCAUCACUUGGUUCCCGAUCCGCCCGCGCAUUCCCCGAGGAAGCCAUUCUUCAUUGUCGAUCUGGGACAAGCGCACUGAAAGGCAACCUCCCCGACCAGGCUCGCAAGAGCUUUCAAGAGGCUCUUCGACUUGAUCCCAUGUUAUGGGAGGCUUUGGAAGGACUCUGUUCGCUAGGUGAUGUGCCUGAGAUCGAAGAUCUCUUUCCAUCUCGACCUACUCCAGUAAAGCGGCCAGUUGCAGAGGAACCUCCAGCGUUCAAACUUCCACCAGUCCCCGUUGCUACCGGAGUAGGAUUUUUCACUCCUGAUACUGGGAAUACGGGAAACCUCUUCCGCGGUUUCCGAGCAGAUCAAGGGAAUGUACAACCGCUUCGUCUAGGGCCGCGAGAUUCCCUUGUUUCAAACGAGUCUGUCGUGUACCCACCGGAGAACUCUCUUAUGGCAGCACAUACCCGGCCCUCACGAUUACCAACCGCGACACAACCCUCUCGUCCACUCUCUUCCUCCGAUGAAGUCGGACCCGUCACGAAGAAGUUGCGGCGACCAAUCGCUGGAACGCGACGCGCGGGCGAGGCAGCGAGCAAAGCACUCAAGCAACAAUCGAUAUUGGCAGGGGUGGCGGAAGAUGCACGCUCGAAAAAGGCACGCGCACGCCCGGCCUUGACCGUCUCUAACUCCUACUCAUCUCUGGCCGGUCGCCGACCCCAGUCUGCGGCGGCGUCCUCCAGGAAUACGACAGUCGCCGGUGCCGGCAAAUCGGAGCGUGAUACGAAUGCAGCACUUACGCGACGGAGCGCACGGCUUAUGGGUGGAAACAGCAAGGCGACCACUUCUACCAAGCAGCCAGCAGCUCGAGAACGUAAACGACAAGCCACACGAACCACCUCCCGGUCGAUAGACUCCGACACUGAGGACGAUCCCCAUCCUCCUGCUGAGCUUCCUAGAUCGACAACACCACCAUCAGCAACACAUUCACCACGAUCGGCCUCCUCGAGCAAUACGGCUGCUCAAGAACAGGCCGCACAAGAAGCGUAUGACGCCGAGCUAGCAGAUCAGUACAUCUAUGAUCUAAUGCGACUGUUUGCAAGCGCAACAAGAGCAUUAGCAAUGUAUGAUACAAAGUUAUGUCUCGAUGAGCUUGAGAAGCUGCCGCAUGUACACCAGCGUUCACCACUGGUGAUGGCUAUGGUCGGACGAGCUCAUUUUGAGAGGGCAGACUACACCGCUGCGGAGAGAGCUUUCCAGGCUGUUCGAGCGUUAGAGCCAUGCCGGCUAUAUAACAUGGAAUUGUUUUCGACACUCCUAUGGCAUCUGCAAAGAACGGUUCAACUUUCCUUUCUCGCCCAAGAACUGCUCUCAAUUGAUCCGCGGUCACCUCAAGCUUGGAUAGCAGUCGGCAACACGUUUUCGCUGCAGAAAGAGCGUGGACAAGCUUUGACGUGUUUCCGUCGUGCGUACGCACUCGAUCCCACUUGCGCGUACGCCUUCACCCUGGCCGGGCAUGAGCUAAUUGACGAAGACAUCGACAAUGCUAUAUUGGCGUUCCAGACGGCUUUACGUGCUGAUAGCCGACACUACAAUGCAUGGUAUGGGUUAGGGACAUGUUACCUUAGGAUGAGCAAAAUCCGCAUGGCCGAAUACCAUUACCGGAAAGCGGCGGAGAUCCAUCCAAACAAUGCCGUGUUGUUGGGUUGUGUCGGGAUGGCUGUUGAACGCCGCGGAGAUCGCGAGGGAGCACUAGCACUCUUCAACGAAGCAGUCAAACUCUCGCCUGAGAACGCGCUGGUGCGCUAUCGGCGAGCGAAAAUGCUUAUCGGUAUGAAGCGAUACACGGCUGCCGUGAGGGACCUGGAGUAUCUCCGCGACUCGACACCCGAAGAGUCGAACGUUAUCUUCCAGCUAGCGCGGGCGUACCGGUUGAUUGGCGACGAGGUCAAGUCAGCGCAGCUGCUCGCCGUCGCACGCGAUGUGUCCCCAAAAAGCGUGAACAAGAUCAAGAAGCUUCUGGAGACGGUGAAAGACGAGGAGGCGGGGGACGAGAUGGACGAAGGAUGAGACGGGGGGCUGGUUUGUAUAUUCCCUGGAGCUGGACAUGUUCUCUCUCAUACCACUGUAUCGCUGCACAAGUUCGGACCAAUGUUUUU